AUGUGGCUCCUAGCACUCACGGUAGAUACCGCAGAGAACCAGGAGUUGAUCUGGCCUCUCUUACUCGAACUUGAGCGUGUCAUCAACAAGUUUGCUGAUGAUGAGAAACUCCAAAAGGACUGGGAGUUUUUGAACUACAGCGGUCUUGAUCAGACGCCAAUUUCGGACUAUGGCGAGGAAACAGUCCACUUCAUGAGGAAUAUUUCGUCGGAAUACGACCCAGGCAGAGUUUUCCAGGACCUUCGGAAGACGGGCUUUCGGAUCCCUGUUUGA